AUGGACCCACUACCGAGUCAUGUUUAUGAGGGACCCCCGACGAGAGAGGCAAUCCGCAUUCUGAUACUGUACCCCGCAAUCGACUUCCAGGCACCACUCGAAGCCCACUUUUACCAUGGACGCAUACCUUCACUCGCUAUUACCGCAAACCGCCGUCUUUGGAUCGACGCUAUAUGUAUUAACCAAGCCGACGCGGAAGAGAAGACGCUUCAAGUGCCCCUAAUGCGCAGCAUUUACACAGCUACCUUGAAAGUCCAUGCCUGGCUCGGCGUUGGGGGAACAUUCGAUGCACAGGCAGUUUUUACACACUUGAAGAGGAUCGUCGUUGUCGAUGAGCUAGAGAAAGAAACUAUAUCUCUCCCAAAUCAGUUUCGUAAAGACUGUGCGGCUACGCAGUCGACCUUACAACAAUUGUUUCUCAACCCUUGGUUUACGCGGCGUUGGGUCCUGCAAGAAAUUGCCCUUGCUCAUGAAAUUACAGUUCAUUACGGAUAUGACAAGAUCUCGUGGAAUUGGUUCCCUUAUAAAGUCGCCAAGAAGACUAUUGAGACUUCGUUGAAACCAAGUUCUGGUACCAUCUCCGGAUUUUCGGAUCUAUUCGCGAACAUGAGCUGA